AUGUCACUAUAUCAAUUUCUAAUCGCAGUUCGUCAACAAGAUGGACAGCAACUGACAAAUGAAGAUGGAGAAACGACCAGUCAUCUGAUUGGUAUCUUUUAUCGAACACUAAAGAUUGUUGAGAACGGAAUCAAGCCAGUAUAUGUAUUUGAUGGUAAACCGCCAGAAAUGAAAGGCAGUGAACUUGCAAAGAGAUUAGUACGCCGUGAAGAAGCAGAAAAACAGGCUGCGGAGCUCAAAGAAACAGGUACUGCGGAAGAUGUGUCAAGAUUUGAACGAAGAACUGUACGAGUCAGUAAAGAGCAGAAUGAAGAAGCCCAGAAGUUAUUGAAACUGAUGGGCAUUCCAUUUGUACUUGCCCCAGGAGAGGCAGAGGCUCAAUGUGCAGCCCUAGCUGCUGCUGAUAAAGUUUUCGCAUCUGCCUCCGAAGAUAUGGAUACUUUGACAUUUGGCACACCCUUUCUUCUCCGACAUCUGACAGCUUCGGAUCAGAAGAAGAUGCCAAUCGCCGAAGUAAACCUCAAAAAGGCUAUGGAAGGACUCGAGAUGUCAAAGGACGAGUUUAUUGAUUUAUGUAUAUUACUUGGAUGUGAUUACUGCGAUCCCAUCCGUGGCGUGGGCCCUACUACUGCACUAAAACUAAUCCAAGAACACCGAUCGAUUGAGAAGAUUAAAGCUGCACUUGCUAGCAAAGAAAGCAGCAAAGUCCAGAUCCCUGAUGACUGGCCGUACGAAGAAGUACGCAAAUUAUUUCACAGUCCAGAUGUUAUGCCACCGUCCGAGAUUGAUCUAAAAUGGGGAGUUCCUGAUGUGGAGGGCCUCGUUGAUUUUCUCGUCAAAGAGAAGGGCUUCUCAGAAGACCGUGUUCGAAAUGCUGCCGCAAAGCUCACCAAAGGUGCCAAAUCUACGCCACAGGGCCGUCUAACAGACUUUUUCAAGCCCAAACCAGUUGACCCUGCCAAGGCUGCCGAAAUGGCCAAGCGUAAAAAGGCAGCAGCUGCUGCUGAUAAUAAGGUCAAAAAGAAAGCUAGAAAAUAG